ACCUAAAAUGUAAAUUACAUGAAGAAUAUAUAUUAAUAAAGUUUCAAGUGAUUUUUAUAUAAAUAAAUGAGAAGGAGAUAGCAAGCAGGUGAUUUGAGUUGUAAUAACAUGGAGGAAGUGAAAGAGUAUCUAUACGUGUUACCUUCGAGAAUGCUAGAGGAAAUUAGCUCCGGUGAAUCGGAGCCAGUGGAUGCGGUCAUCUUUGUUGGGAUUUCUUUGGUAUUAGGAAUCGCUUCCAGGCAUCUUCUUCGCGGCACCAGAGUUCCUUACACUGUCGCUUUGCUCAUCAUUGGCCUUGGUCUCGGCUCUCUCGAAUAUGGUACAAGUCAUAAAUUGGGAAGGAUUGGUGAUGGCAUUCGACUUUGGAACAACAUUGAUCCUGACCUUCUAUUAGCUGUUUUUCUACCCGCAUUACUUUUUGAGAGUGCAUUUUCUAUGGAAGUGCACCAGAUAAAGAGGUGUAUGGCACAAAUGGUUCUGCUUGCUGGUCCUGGAGUUAUUAUUUCAACCUUCUGUCUUGGAUUUGCUCUGAAGAUCACUUUUCCAUAUGAGUGGAACUGGAAAACAUCGCUGUUGCUUGGGGGACUUCUGAGUGCUACUGAUCCUGUUGCUGUUGUGGCUUUGUUGAAGGAGCUUGGUGCUAGCAAAAAACUGAGCACCAUAAUUGAAGGAGAAUCCUUAAUGAAUGAUGGGACAGCAAUUGUGGUCUAUCAGUUAUUCUUUAAAAUGGUAAAUGGAGAGAGCUUUAGUUGGGAUGCCAUUGUUGGAUUUCUGGCCAAAGUCGCUCUUGGAGCUGUCGGCCUUGGAAUUGCUUUUGGGAUAGCAUCUGUUUUGUGGCUUGGAUUUAUUUUCAAUGAUACAGUGAUUGAGAUUACAUUGACAGUUGCUGUGAGCUACGUUGUUUACUUCACUGGUCAAGAAGGUAUUGAAGUUUCUGGUGUUUUGGCAGUGAUGACUUUAGGAAUGUUUUAUGCUGCUUUUGCGAAGACAGCCUUUAAGGGUGAUGGUCAGCAGAGUUUGCAUCACUUUUGGGAAAUGGUUGCUUAUAUUGCAAAUACAUUAAUUUUCAUCUUGAGUGGAGUUGUUAUAGCUGAAGGCAUUCUUGGCAAUGAUAAGAUAUUUCAGAACAAUGGAAAUUCAUGGGGUUAUCUGAUUCUUCUGUACAUCUUUGUCCAAGUAUCACGUUGCAUUGUUGUUGGAGUAUUGUAUCCAUUCUUACGAUAUUUUGGAUAUGGUUUGGAUUUAAAGGAGGCCGCCAUCCUAAUAUGGUCGGGGCUUCGGGGAGCUGUUGCAUUAUCACUUUCUCUCUCUGUUAAGCGUUCCAGUGGUGGCUCAUUUAAUCUCAGCUCUGAAACUGGAAGCCUGUUCAUUUUCUUCACCGGUGGAAUUGUAUUCCUGACACUUAUUGUGAAUGGAUCAACUACACAGUUCAUUUUACAUUUUCUGGGUCUGGAUAAACUAUCAGCAGCCAAGAAGCGUAUACUAGACUACACAAAGUAUGAAAUGUUGAACAAAGCAUUCGAGGCUUUUGAAGACCUCGUAGAUGAUGAGGAACUUGGACCUGCCGAUUGGCCUACAGUAAAGAGAUACAUUACAAGCUUACACGAUUUGGAGGGGGACCGUGUGCAUCCUCAUACUGAAUCUGAAGCUGAUAAUGACCUGGACCCUUCAAACUUGAAAGAUAUAAGAAUACGACUUCUAAAUGGUAUCCAGGCAGCAUACUGGGAAAUGCUUGAUGAAGGGAGAAUUGCACAAAGCACAGCAAAUCUGUUGAUGCAAUCUGUAGAUGAAGCUAUUGAUACGGCAUCUCAUGAACCUUUAUGUGAUUGGAAGGGCUUAAAAUCUAAUGUGCAGUUCCCGAAUUAUUACAAGUUUCUUCAGACAAGCAUGUUCCCACAAAAAUUGAUUACAUUUUUCACUGUGGAAAGGCUGGAAAAUGGGUGUUGUAUUUGUGCUGCAUUUCUUCGAGCUCAUAGAAUAGCACGACGGCAACUUCAUGAAUUUAUAGGUGACAGUGUAGUUGCUUCUACUGUAAUUGCUGAAAGUGAAGCUGAAGGAGAAGAGGCGAGGAAGUUUCUGGAAGAUGUCCGUAUAACUUUUCCUCAGGUUUUACGUGUUGUGAAAACAAGACAAGUGACCUACUCAGUACUGAACCAUCUGAUUGAUUAUUUACAUAACCUCGAGAAGGCGGGGUUACUGGAAGAAAAAGAAAUGCUUCAUCUUCAUGAUGCUGUCCAGACUGACUUGAAGAGGCUUUUAAGGAAUCCUCCAUUAGUAAAGAUUCCAAAAAUAAAUGAUAUUAUAAGUGCUCAUCCUUUUCUAGGCGCCUUUCCUUCUAGUGUCCGCGAAUCACUAGAAUGUUCUACAAAAGAAAAAAUGAAAACACGUGGUAUGACACUUUACAAAGAGGGCUCUAAACCAAAUGGUAUUUGGCUUAUUUCAAAUGGUGUUGUCAAGUGGAAGAGUAAGAGCAUACGAAACAAGCACUCAAUGCAUCCAACUUUUACUCAUGGGAGUACGUUGGGCUUGUAUGAAGUAUUGGUUGGAAAACCAUACAUCUGCGACAUGGUCUCAGAUUCCGUGGUUCUCUGUUUUUUUAUUGAAAGUGACAGAAUACUUUCAAUGCUAAGGUCGGAUCCUGCACUAGAAGAUUUUCUGUGGCAGGAAAGUGCUAUUGUACUUGCCAAACUCUUGUUUCCUCAAAUAUUUGAGAAAAUAGCGCUGCAUGAUUUGAGAGCUCUUGUGGCAGAAAGGUCAUCAAUGAAAACAUACAUUACAGGGGAAACAAUAGAAGUGUCUCACCAAUCUGUCGGCUUCAUGUUGGAAGGGUUCAUUAAACCCUCACAUGCUGAAGGCGAACUCAUUAAGUCACCAGCAGUUCUUUUGCCUUCACAAGGGAAUCAAAGUUUCUUGCAUGCAGAUAAGUCAGGUUCUACAACAGCCAGUUUUUCUCAUCAGCGAUCCGGGUAUCUACUUGAGACAAGAGGAAGCAUAAUAUACCAAGUUGAGACCAGAGCAAGAGUAAUUAUAUUUGAUAUUUCAACACUUGAAGGCAAUAGGGUUUUGCGGAAUAAUUCAUCUUCAUUUAACCUUUCACAUAGAUCUUUAACUAGAGAACAUGGAGGUCUUAUGAGUUGGCCCGAACAUUUCUUUAGGGGAAGACAACAUACACAAAAUCAUGACGCAACUGAUCAACAAGUAAACAGAUUGUCAGCGAGAGCCAUGCAGUUAAGCAUAUUUGGCAGUAAGGUAAAUUUGCCACAGCGUAGCUGGAGUUUAUCAAGGAUGAAUCAGUCUCAGCCAAUAAACAACCCGUCAUAUAAUAGAUUUCUUUCAUUCCCUGGCCAUCUACUGGUCUCUGCCGGAUCAGAAGGAGCUUCUACUAUGAGGAAGAAUCACAAAGAAGCUGGAAAGAUAACAAGGCGAGUUCCCUCAGCACAAGCGAACAAGAUGGACACGAAAGAGGGUCACGUAAAUGAUGAUUCAAGUGAUGAAUCUGGUGGUGAGGAUGAGAUCCUGGUAAGAAUCGAUUCGCCUAGUGUACUAUCAUUCCACCAGGCUUCUUAAAGGUUUGUCUACAUCCUACCUAUUCAUGGCUGUGAUUUCUUGUUCAACUGUUGUAUCAUUAUAGGAUUGCUUAUAGUGUCUUUUAUGUGUAACAUAAUAUCUGUAGUUUGGUUAUGAAUAAAAGCUUGUUUAAUUCAUGCACCAAAAGAAGAAAAAAAGAAAAGCUUGGUUUAAUUCGACUCA